ACCAGCAGAUAGAGAUAAAGACAGAGGGAGAGAGAGAGAGAGAGAGAGAGAGAGAGAGAGAGAGAGAGAGGGAGGAAGUCAUAUCCAGAGGGUGUGGGGAGAGAAAGAGUGAAUGAAAGUUGGAGAUUGGAGAAGAGACAGGGAGAGAAGUGUUUAGUUUCUGUUCUCACUUAAUGAAACAUCUGAAGACUCACGUCAAGGCUUUAAGUCAGACUGUUUAACGUGGACAUACAGCACACCGAGGUGGUCUGGAGGUUAUAACAAUGGAUACUGUUAUAGCAGCAUGGGUUGCAUUAUGCUCCCUUUUCACUAUUGAACACAUGAAAACUGUACGACAGAAGGAGGUGUUCAGUGAUCAUGGCGGCCUCUAAAAGAAUGACAAUCACGCCGGACUGCAUCUACUCCACUGUCAACAGGGUAAAGAAGGGCUGUACUGGGGAGAAAAGUGAUUUCCAUAUUGUUUCAGUGGAAAACAAGAAAGUUGGGCACAGAAGAGAGGAGGCACCGAAACUCCCCUUCACCCAGUUAGACAACCUGAGCAACCAGAGGGAAGAAUCACCCAUGAUGGCUCACAGGAGAUCGAGCUUUGACCCUCAUAGCAAUGAGAACGCUCUCUUGGUUGGCAACAAGCUCCCCAGAUCCAAUGCAGGCAACAUCAAGGACAAGAUUUCUCUGUGGGAGGGGAAGGAACCCACCUGUCUACCCACUACCUCAGGUCCUUUGGGACAGUGCACCAGCAUAAAAAGGACAGAAUCCCUUCCAAAAAACAGCAAAACUUCUGAUGAGCAGAGUGCAGAGAGUUGCAGGAGAGGGGCCCAUAAGGAAAAGGAACAUUUUGGAAAAGAGAACGUGGUAAAACUUGGGGAUUCAAGGCCUCGUUCACCUGUUGAAACUGGGAAACAGCAAAGAGGGACGCUCAAAAGCAGCAAGCCCAGUGAGAACCAGAAAGAGAAGGAGGACUGCGGCAGAGUUGUCCACAAGGAAAAGCAAGAUCACGAGAAAGAGAAUGUAGAAAAGCUUGUGGGUUCAAGGUCUUGUUCGCCUACAGUAGCAGCGCAGCAGCAGGUGGGCACGCUGAGGAAAAGCAAUGAAAGGAGAGCAGCAGAACAAAGCAGCCAGGAGAAGAGAGCUGUAUUCACUCUUUUUAAAAACCUGGAUGCUAUGGGGGAGAACCACGGGAAAACUCCUCCAGAGCUCGGGAACUACUUCAGCCCACCGAGCAGGGACAAACAGGUGGGUCAAACUGGUGCAGUGAAAGGGAAGCAACACCAGGAGAAUGUGUACAUGGAGCCAGGGGAGCCCCCCAUCAACCCAGUCCCCAAACCCAGACGUACCUUUGAGCAUCCAGCUACCGCCCCCAUCGGGAAGAGUCAGAGGAAGGAGACAGGGCAGAGGAACCUCCCCCCACUGCCCUCCAUCUCCACGAAAACUUCCUCAAAACCUCCGUCUGGUGUCUACGGGAGACCCAGGGGUGAGAGAGUCAGAGACAACGUCAAUAGGAAGUCCUUUGAGUUUGAAGACCUCGCAGGGUCAACUAGCCCGCUCUUCUGUCGCUCACCAUCUCAGGAACAUCACUACGAAGACAUCCCAGACUCGACUAAAGAGAACCCAUAUGAGGACAUAGAGUUGGAGAGUCAGUGUUCCCAGCAGUCUUUGCCCUCCUCUCCCGGCGCCGACACUACCAAGACCUCGAGGCCCGGCUUCUUCAGGCAGAAUUCAGGCAGGAGCUUUAAGCUGCUGGAUCUGCGGAGAACCAACCAGUCGCCCCAGAGCACCAGCAGCGGGGGGGUUUCAUCUCCACCCCGACUCAGCCCUCCCUCCACUCCCCCUGGGCCUGAACACACUUCCUGGCUGCCCGGGGAUCCCUACAGCCGCACCUGCCGCAGGAUACCAACGGUUGUGCUAAGAAUCAACAGCAUCUUUGAGGCUCGGAUUGGGAAGAAACACCUACGAAGGAUCUAUCAUUACGCCGAGACAAGCUCAGGGAGAGUAACAGAUGAGAACAGCGACUCCGAGAGUGAAGUUGAAGAAAGAGUUAAAGCUCAUCGUCAGCGUCUCGUGUCAGUCCAGUCCAUACUGAGCCAGCCGAGCCGGGCCCACUACAAUGGUACCAGCACCAGAAACAGCUCUCUGGAACAGGAGCUCCACCAGCGGCUUCUCUUUGAAUAUUUCCUAGUGGUGUCGCUGCAGAAGUCGAAGGCUGGUGCCCGCUAUCUGCCGGAGGUCACGCAGCAGUUCCCCCUGAAGCUGGAGCGGAGCUUCAAGUUCAUGAGGGAGACGGAGGAUCAGCUGAGGAUCAUUCCUCAGUUCUGUUUCCCUGAUUCAAAAGACUGGGAGCCGGUGGAGAACUACCCAAGUGAGAUGUUCUCCUUUGUUUUGACUGGAGAGGAUGGGAGCAGGAGGUUCGGUUACUGCCGGCGUUUACUGCCCAGUGGAAAAGGUAAACGUCUACCAGAGGUCUACUGCAUUGUCAGUCACCUCGGUUGUUUCAACCUGUUCUCCAAGGUGCUGGAUGAGGUGGAGAGGCGGAGGGCUUUGUCUCCGGCCCUCGUGCAGCCUUUUAUGAGAGCCAUCAUGGAGGCUCAGUUUCCAGCUCCAGGCAGAACCAUCACCAUAAAAACGUUCCUCCCCGGCUCCGGCACCGAGGUGAUGGAGCUCUGUCGACCCUCUGACUCGCGCCUGGAGCAUGUGGACUUUGAGUGUCUGUUCUCCUGUCUGAGUCUGCGCCUCCUCCUCCGGGUGCUGGGCUCUCUGCUGCUGGAGCGAAGGGUCAUCUUCACCGCCGACAAACUCAGUACUCUGUCCCAGUGCUGCCAUGCUGUCGUGGCGCUGCUUUACCCCUUUGUGUGGCAGCACACUUACAUCCCCGUGCUGCCCUCGGCCAUGCUCGACAUCGUCUGCACUCCGACCCCGUUCAUCGUUGGCCUGCUGUCCAGCUCCCUGCCUCAGCUCACCGAGCUGCCCCUGGAGGAGGUUCUGGUUGUGGAUCUUGGAAACAGUCGGUUUCUCAGACAGUUGGACGAUGAGGACUCCAUCCUGCCGUCUAAGCUCCAGUCAGCCCUGGAGAACGUUCUGGAGAGGAGAAGAGAGCUCGCUAAUGAGAGAGGAGGAGACACACCCGGUGAUUCUGGCCAUCUCAGCACCGUUGUGUCCGAGGCCUUCAUUCGUUUCUUCGUGGAGCUGGUAGGCCACUAUCCACUCUUCAUCACCGGCGAACGGGAAGACGGCUACUCCUCCUCCUCCUCCUCCCCGGUCCCCUGCUCCUUCCAGCGCGAGGGUUUCCGUAAAGCGAUCCCGUCUAAGACCAUGCGUCGCUUCCUGGAGGUCUUCAUGGAGACCCAGAUGUUCGGCUGGUUCAUCCAGGAGAGAGAGCUCCACAGGCAGGCUCCGAGAGGACUGUUUGAAGUGAGGGUGCAGGAGUAUCUAGACUCCAUCCACGAGAAUGAACACCGGAGGGUUAACAGGUUUCUCAAAGGCUUGGGGAACAAAAUGAAGUUUCUUUCCAAGAAAUAAUGCCACGACAACUGCACAAAAAGAGACACAAAGUAAAAAAGAAGAAGCACUGAAACAAGGAAAAGACUUGCAGAAAUCUGACAAAAGAAAUGAUCAUUUGAGCACUUUUCCAGAUCGUUCACGCCAUCCUCAUCUGUGUCAAUGUGUGGGACUUUUGCUCAAAGGCUCAUGAUAGACACGGGGAAGCUCCGGUGAAAAUCCUGCUGUAUUUCACAUGAAUAAAGAAAUUUGGGAUUGUAGACUCACAGAGAUAUUUAAGAAGUUCAUCGUUGUUUUUUUCUUUUAAAUUAUAUUCUUCAGGCAUGAGCACAAAUGUAUAAAAAUAAUAUUGGUCCUAGGUAUAUUGCUGUAAGAUACAUAUGGUUGGUAAAUUAAAGGUAAAACCUGAAUAGAUUAGUAUGGAAUGCUUCUAUAUAGGGCACAAGGGGUCACUGAAUGGUUCGAUGAGUAUAAAAAUGAUGUAUUAUGGUAGUCAGUCACCCUUUGUAUGCACUGUAACUUGACUGUAAAGUUCACAGUCAUAGUAUUCUCUGAAUCCACUAGGGGGCAGUAGUAUAUUUUCUGUGAUUGGAUGAUCUUGACACUGUCAGUGACUGACCAGAAAAUGACACAGACCUGCUUUCCCACUCUGUAAUGCUUAAAUGUUUCUUUUAUAACUGUGACAACAUCACAAGUAAAUAAAUAUUAUAAAACAAAUACA